UAACGUUGAGCUUGGAAGCAGAAGCAUUGAAAUGAUUUCACGGUAUUGUUUGUUAACUAGUUAACUACAACCUACAAGUUAACCAGUUAAGGGACAAAGAUGCACACCUUUGGAACAGACUUUCGGAUCAGGCGACCAGCAGAGAAAUAAAACACAGACAAAGGAAUAGUGGAAAUUUCUGUGGAAAAGUAUCGUGAGUGUCAAAAUAGUCGCGAAUAGCUUUAACUAAUAAUAGGAAUGCCGGCGAUUGUUUUGGAAAAACCGAAACUGAGCAGACCAAUGUGGAAUUCCCUGAAAUCCCACAUAAUUAGAGAAAGACAGAGAAAAAAGCAAGUUCUGAAAGGAGUUGUUAUUGCUUGUAACAGAACAGGAAGCAGAUGCUGAGGUAGAGCGUCAACGAAGAGAACGAGAAGAUCAACAGAAAGAACAAGAAAUGACUUUAGAAGAAACAAAGGAACAGGUUGCUCAAUCAGAAUCCAAACUUUCACAGUUGAAAGAAGACAAACACCAAUUAUUUCUUCAGCUCAAAAAAGUCCUUAAUGAGGAUGAUACCAGAAGAAAAAUUAAGGAGUCCAGUUUUAAUGAUAUGAUGCUGUUUCAUCCUUAUCAACCUGGAACUCCUCUAGUACAUCCUAGUACCCAUGGUUCUUUGUACAUGCAUCCCAAUCUUGCUACUCCAAGGCCAGUAUUCAAUGGAGGGAAAGAAGAAUCCAUCUUGAAUUUGCACGGAGUACCACCUUCGUCACUUUAUGGACAGUCAGUGAAUAUGGUCCCUUCUCUAGGACAUCAGAUUCAAACUAGUCAGAAGAGAUCCCGGAGUCCCUCGCCCCCUCCUCAGCUAUAUCAUUCAUACAAACCACCGUCCCUUUCCCCUUACAAUCCAAAAGGGACCGGUAGUCCGUAUGGAGGGAGCCCUGCAGUCCCGGGUAGCAUCUUCUAUACACACUCCGUUUCAGUAAGUGCUGCUCAUAGCGCAGCAAGUGGCGGCUACCAGCUGCCACCAGGGUCGAUGUACAGCUACCCCACUCACUCGUCUUCCUCACGUCCAACAUAUUCUGUUCAGACACCUGUGUCAUCUAAAGAUGAUGCUUCUUCUGCUCCUAAGCAUCAUUCAGCUGUAUAUGUCGGGCAAGGAAAUGUUCUACCUCAGAAUCCUCAAAGAAGUGUCCCACCGAGGAAUUCUGGACCUUCGCUAAAUCAAGGAUACCACCAUCAGCCUGUUGAACAUAUGCUUGGCAAAAAUCCUAGUACUUAUGGAUCUACAGAACAAGAAAAAUACUUUAUUUCACCUUCUCAUGGUUCUGCUUCAAACGUGUCGUCAAACGCUGGUGGUGCCCAAUCAGCUAGUGGGUUACGUCCUCACGCUGGGCUAUUGGCACCAAUACCAGUGCAGGGUACAUCGCAUCCAUCUGGGAUUCCGAUUCAGCAGCAAAACCAUACGUCAAAGAGUGGUAGCAUUAUUACAGGAAAUCCGUUACGACCUCCGCCGUCAUCUGGGUCCUACCAUUCUGUUGCUCCUGCACCGAACGCGCAAAACAACCGCCAAGCCAAUACUCAGGGUGGGGGACAAUCUUGCCACCCUACUCGCUACUAUGGAAAUCCGAGCUAGGAGAACAUUUUCGCUUUUGUAUUUAUACGCACCACAUGAUCUUAGUUUGUUGCUCACCAUACUUCAAUUCUUCUCUGUGUCUGUUGCUACAUUCCUUCUAAAUUGGUGUAUCUGGGAUUUUAUUAUUAAUCGUAUCAUACACUCGCAUACACCUGAAAUGAAUAAAUAAUUCCAAGUGUAAUCCUAUAAUGCGCUGCUUUCGGAAUUACAAGUGUUCACCAUGUAA